AUGCAGCGGUCUGUGGAUUUAGGUUCUGAGCUGAUCCCGGUCUCUGAGCUGAUCCCGGUCUCUCUGCUGCAGAUCUGUGAUAAGGAGUGGCAUUACUACGUCCUGAACGUGGCGUUUCCGUUGGUGACGCUCUACGUGGACGGCGUUUCCUUCGAGCCCUACCUGGUCACAGACGAUUGGCCGAUCCACGCGCCGCAGAUUGACAUGCAGCUCACCGUGGGCGCCUGCUGGCAAGGUGGUGAGGUCACAAAGCCUCGGUUCAGUCAGUAUUUCCGCGGCAGCCUGUCGGGUCUCACCAUUCGCUCGGGAAAGAUCGAGACUCAGAAGGUCAUCUCGUGUCUGCAGGCCUGUAAGGAGGGACUGGACAUCCACAGCCUGGAGAGCCUGGACAAGAGCAUCAAGUUCCACUUUAACCCGGCUCAGUCCAUCCUGGUGAUGGAGGGAGAGGAGCUCGACCACAUGAACACCGCUCUGAGAAAAGUCUCCUACAUCAACUCCAGACAGUUCCCCACAGCGGGCAUCAGAAGACUGCAUAUCUCCACUUCUGUGCACAGUGCCCGGGGGUUCUCGCGUCGCCCCCUGCUGGCUGGGAUGCAAAGCCACGGGACUCUCGAUGACAACAAACCCAGUGUGGAGCCGCCGCCGCCGGAGAAGCUCUCUCUGCCGGCGGCUCCCGGAUUAUCACCGAAUACAUUAUGUUAA